AUAUUAAUUCUGAGCUUCACGAACCAAAAAGUUCAAACUUUUUAAAGAUUUAUUUACUUUAUCAACGAUGGAGAUAGUGAAAAAGAAUGAAGAAAAAUAAAGGCAGAGCACCGGUUCAUCAGGGAAAGAUAUAUAUGAACCUUGCAUUAUCAAAUCAGACGAAAGAUGUUUAUGGAACUCGUCCCUAUGGAGGUCGAAAAGGCAUAACAAACCUUUACCCUCCAUCAAAGGCAGCGUUUAUAUCAGAGAGGCCGACGGACUUCUUGAACGAUGUCAAGAACAUGGUGUUUCGACAGACGGAGGAGGAGGAGAGGAAUGGCUCUCCAAAUUGGAUUAGUAAAUACAACAAGGAAUUGAACCAUACUGGGGAGCAACCAUUGAUGGUUCAACGAUUCCUUAGUACUAAUAAGCAAGAGCAGCAGAACGGAGUGCUUCCUGCACCCGCCAAACCUCAGUCAAGGUUCAGUGUUGAACGGGUCGUUGAUAAAGAGUUCCAACAGGGUCUUAGCCUUCAUCAAUAUCUGACUGCAACUGAGAUGCCUGGCCAGUCUGAGAAACUAGUGGAUGUACGACACGGCAGGCCUACAAGAACAAGCUUGCUGAGGGCUAGACAACGGAUCAAAAAUAUUCCUGUGCCGGAGAGAGCUAAGCUAGAUUUACGAGAUGAUAUCCAUUACCUUCAAGAACAGGCAUUGAAGAGGGAAGAUAAAUACAAGACCGUUGAUGUUCCUGAAGAUUUGCAGCCUUUGACAGAGGGAGCAGAAACUGUGCAUCAGUUCCUUGUCGGAGCAAGAUACAACAGAGCACACUAUCGGGAUGCCAAGUGUUUCAACAAGGUUGGACUCUACGUCUCCAGGGAGAAUCCUCAGCACUGCUUUCUGAAUAAUGGCACCACACGGGAGUCGUUGCUUGCUAACAAACCAGAGAAAGCGAACAACAUCGCAUUGGGGGCCUUCUCUGAAGUGACUGCAUCUGAGCUGAACAGUCUUUGCCAGUCCACAUCAAGCUUUCACAAGCUCCUUCAGCCACCCUCUGAAGCUCGUCAGGCGUGGGGUACCAGCUCCAUUGCGAGUGCCCCUAGUCCCACUCCUAACGAUAGCCGUGAGUCUUUUGCGACGUCCUUGAGGGAUGAGUCAGAGUUUGCUCCCAAAUCCAAAGUGACCGAGAGGAGUCAGAUCCUGCAUUCCAAGCGAGUCCAACUGAAGAGUGCCUCUGGACAGCAGAGUAGCAGUAGUCUGGCACGCUCUACAGUCAGUAGCUGUGACUCGUGCAUCCUGUGCCAAGAAGGCUCUGCUGUCAAGCAUGGCGUUCCCGUUCAUUUUCACGGAAGGAACAUCAUGUCGGCACCCAGCAGGAGGAAAUGGACCCAUCAUGCACAGAGAGGGCGCAAUACAAGUAAUGACAAUCCCUCAUACCCUGGAAAGCGCCAGGGUGCAGACCUUAUGCUAGUACAGCAGUACCAUCUGAGAAUCUUAGGUACGCAGUCUCGUAUGAGCAUGAAGGAGGAGAGAAUUAAUUCCCCUGACAUCAAGUUGCACUACACCCCAAGACAAGCAUUGGGAGGUGUGCCCCGCCCUCAGACGGCUGCCUCUUCGAGCAGACAGAACCCCAGCAGGAAUCGCAAUAGCAACAACGAAAUGGAUGGCUUGUCUGAAGAGGGCAUUGCCAAAAGGAACGGCUCGGAUGCUGUGAGUACUGUUGCGAGCACUGCCAGUAAGAUCUCCGUACAUAUAAGCACAGGGGAGGAGGAUGUCGUAGAGGAGGGGUCACCAAGAGUUGGGGCCGUUGAUCCUGAGGCGACGCCUCGCAGUCAGGACGUGACGGUCGGUAGCACUAGGGGUGGUGGAGAAAGUUUGGCAGAUGUGCCUACACCCCGUACCCAAGACUUGAUAGAUUUGACACCACGGGAGGAAGCGCAAGAUUGUCACACUGAUCGUGAGGGAAACACUGGUCAACACGAGCCAAAUGUGUCUAUUGAAAAUGGGACAAGCAAUGGCCAAUUUGAAGACAUGUUGGGCAAGGUAGAAACGGUUCAGGGUGCUUCAGAUAUCCCAAGUAGUGGCAUGAUCCAGGAGGAUGGGGAAUAUGACCCAGAGUGCCAAGUAACCGAUGAAGAAGUAGUGGAUCUACAUGGACAAAUGGCACAGGUGAAUCUCAAUGAUACAACUGAUGGUGUCGCCGAAGAUAACAUGCCAGGAGAAAAUGUAGAUGGUGACGUCACUGAACAGAUUGACGAUGGGACGGAUGUAAUAGCGGUUGAGAAGUUACACUGUCAAGAAUCUGGCGUUGUACCUCAGGAGGAAGAACCUGGAGAAUUGAAUAAUAACAAAGACCAGGUUCAUACUGUAAGCUUUGCUGAACCAGACAGAUAAAGAUAGAAUCUGGACAGGCUAUAUUUGUAGCUUUUGCCCUCUAUUGCUUUACGACAAUCAAUUUCUUGAGAAAAAUAAAUUGUAAAAUAUAUUGUAGAUGUGUGUUUUUUUUGUAUUAAUUUCCCUGUAAAUCCAUUUUUUCCCCAUUUUUGUUCAUGCUGCAUGGAAUUGUGGUGCAAGGAUGACUUGGUUUGUUUCAUCGCCAUAGUGUAAACCAACAAUUUGCCAUCGAUAGCACGAAGGGAUAGCAAGUUAGCAACAAUAACAAUCACAGUCCAAGUGUGGGCAAAAAUGAAAACAUUUUUUCCCUCUUUUGGUCUCCUGUUUUUAAAAACAAACAGAAUAAUAUACUUUUAUUUGUCUGAAUUUUGUUUGCCCUUUUGGCUGACCAUAGUAAUUUAAAAAAUUUUUUAAUGGUGAUCUAAAUCAGGUUGUGACAGGGUUGAAAUAGUUGGUUCCCCUGAUAACCCAAAGAGCAAGUACCCCCUCUGUUGUUGCUGCAGAUGUGAUAUCUACUGAAGUAGUGAUUACAAUUUGCGUCUGACACAAAAUUCUGAAUGGUAUAGUCUGUUUAGAGCCAGAAGGGCAUUAACUCAUAUACUUUAAGAUAGAGUUAACGACCUCCUGGCUCUGAACAGAUGAUUGUGAAUAUUUAAGGUAACGUGUGGCAUUAAUGAUGUACUUUCAAUUUUGAUGUGUUACUUAACUAUAUAAUGCUGUUCCAUGUGUUACUGGAAAGCGAAGUUUUAGGUGUUCAUGGCAUCUUGUAUGUUUAAGCCUCCUUUACACACAAUGCAGUAGAAAAAUCUGCACCAUAGUAUGACAUUUUGUGUAACAUAAAGCUAAAUGUUUGGGGGUUGUUGUUGUUCGUAGCUACUGUUUUUUUUUUAGUCGUCACUUGCCACGCAUAUCUGCAUUUAAAAUAAUUAUGUAUUUGUUAAAGCCUUGAA